AUGCUGGUCACUGAUCGCAAGAGUGACUCUGCCCUAUACAAUGAAUUUGCGACUCCCCCAUGGCGCCAGUUCCUUGAGGUUACGAAGCGUGCCUUUCAACAUACAUGGCGCACACCCUCAUACAUCUACUCCAGACUACUCCUCUAUACUGCCACCAGUUUAUUCAUCGGCCUGGUAUUCCUCGACUCUCCACUGAGUAUUCAAGGACUGCAGAACCAGAUGUUUGUCAUUUUCGAGCUGAUGAGUAUUGUUGGGCAAUUGGUGGACCAGCAAUUUCCCCACUUAAUUGCGCAGCGCUCAUUAUACGAGGCUCGUGAGAGGCCAGCCAAAACAUACAGCUGGAAAGUGUUCAUGUUCAGUCAGAUCUUGGUAGAGAUGCCAUGGUACAGCCUCGCCUCCAUGUUUAUGUGGCUCUGUUCUAUUUCCCCGUCGGUUUCUAUAAGAAUGCCAAACGCUACCGACCAGGGCACUAAGCGAGGGACGCUGAUUUAG